GAUAUAUCGAUAUUCAUUUGUUGAUGUGUUAUCAACAACAGCUGCAUAAUUGCAGGAAAAGCGCUUUCCCAAGGAAAAGCAGGAAAAGCGCUUUCCACCUUGACCUUUCGCAAAGCCACAAGCAGAAACCUUGGCCUCUUCGAGUUGGAGCAAUGUUUUGAGCCACUGUAAACAUAAACAGCUGAGAAUGCGGCGCCCAGAAGCGGAAAGCGAGCCCUCGGACACGGACUCUUCGGUGGCCUCCAGCCAAUCCAGUUGGGAAGGGGGUCGGAGGGCAGUGCGACACCAGAGGGGAAACUCCCAGAAUGCAUACACACUGAAAGCGAUGGCGCCAAGACCUUCCGCUGGCCCCGGCGGCUGGCUCUGCCUGCUGGUGCCCUUGGCGCUGGGAGUCCGCCUGCUCCACACCCCUGCCCAGUGCCAGAGCCAGGCCUGGAUGCAGUGGUUCCUCACCAUCGCCGCCUCCGGAAUGGCGCUGGAGAGUCUAUGUUUUUACGUUUACGCCUUUGUGAAGACGGGUAUCCUGGUCAAGUGCCUAGUGAGCCUGCUACCCGGAGCAGUUACCAGCUUGUGCUUAUAUUCCCUGGCCCAGACAUCGCCCCUUUUUUCCGUAAUUGUGGGCUUCCUGCUAACCGUCUCGUACCAGCAUCUGUAUAUCAGCGCCAUGAGGGGCUUCGAGAAGUCCUUUACCUACGGAGAAGCCUCUGUUUUUGUCCAGGGUUUGGUCUUAUUCGCCCUGAGUGCUCUACAUAAUUUUUGGGAGCUAUUUCGCGACGGGACCUGCGAUGCGGAUGACUUCGAGAACCUUAACAAGAUCAUGGUGAAUGCCCUCUUCUGGUUGCUUAACUUCUGCAUCACCCUCCUGGUGUUUCCCAGGAUGCGGAAGCCUCUAGCCUUCUACCCUUUGCUGGGAGUGCUUCUUCUGGCCGUCACCUGUUUCCCGGUGAUACAACCCCUGCCUCUGAUCGCCCUGGUCCAGUUCUUGAUCCGCGACUAUAAUCGCCUUGCCAUCCUGGGCUUCUACCUGCUGCUGGUGGCUCUGACCGCCGUCACCGUGUCCUGGCAGCUUGGCAAUUCCACGAAAGCCAAUACGCGAGUGCGCAAAAUCUUCCACCUGUUGAUCGUCCUUGUCUUUGUACCCGGCUUGGUCUACGAAUGCGCUUUGCUCUACUUGGCUACGGGAGUUGCUCUGGCUGCCUUUGUGGUUCUGGAGGUGGUGCGACUCCUCGAGGUUCCCCCUUUAGCCGGACGAUUAGCGGAAGCUUUCCGUUCCUUUAAGGAUGAAAAGGAUGCGGGCCAAUUGGCGCUGACUCCGUUCUGCCUGCUCAUUGGCUGCUCAAUGCCUAUUUGGCUAACGCCAUGUCCCUGCUAUGGAGGUGAUACUCUGGCGCUGCUUUCGGGCGUCUUGGCCGUGGGCGUGGGUGACACAGCAGCCAGUGUGGUGGGCUCCAAGUUUGGACGCAACAAAUGGGGCAAAUCCUCCCGAAGUUUGGAGGGCACCAUUGCCUUUGUGGCUUCCAUCUUGCUCUCCAUUUGGCUACUGGACGCGUUCGGUCUGGUGGCGAUGACCCAGGCCAAGUGGUUCGCCUCGGUCUUUGCCGCUUUGAACUCGGCUUUGGUAGAGGCUUUCACCGACCAGGUGGACAACCUGGUGCUGCCCCUGAUAUUCUACAUCAUCGUUGGCCUAGCCUGAAGCGUUGAUUGUGGGUGUAAAUAAGUUGUGAUUAUCACAUUCCUUGGAUUAUUUAUUUGUGUGUUAGAAAUUAAUAAUUAAACAUUCUAAGUGUUAGCAGAGCUCUGUAAUAAUAAUAUUUCCCUAGAGAAGGUACUUUUAAGCAGCUAAGCUACAAACCUAUAAAAUUUAAAUUUUAAACAUUUUUAUAAUUAUCCCAAAUAAAACACAAAAUAUAGUUCAAUUGACUUGUGUAUAUAAUUACAUAUAUAAAUUGUAUAAAUUGUUUUUGCUGCUGUACAAAAUUUUGAAAUUGUAUAAGGUAUUCCUGAACUUUGUGUAUCACAUUUCGAUUUGAGGACCACCGAACGUCCUCGAGAAUCGUUUCACAUUUAAAUGGUAUCAGUUUAUCGGCAGUUAAUAAGUAUACGACGCGACACAGUUUACACUUAGCUUACGACUACAAACAUUUUAAGGUAUUCUCAUCAUUCCGUGCCCGGACAAUAAUUGGGGGAAAAAACAAAUUGCUUCACUACACUUAAAGGAACAUUGUAACAAGAACAAA